GAAUGUCGUGUCACGGAUCAGCUUUGGGAUGCAAGCCAAAACGAUUUGUUAGAAAAGGAGAUAAACACAAACAUCCUUAUUCGAUCCAGCAAGAGAUAAUUGAAAUAAUUACACUUUCACAUUUGUUUAUAGAUUAUGCUUCAACAAGAAGAGGAUUGCAGGUUUGUAUGAAAACUUUGCAGGAGGAGUUAUGGGGUACUGUGCCUGAAAACGCAACUCCUUCCUCUUCCCAACAACUCAUCAACUUGGAAUAUGAAUAUAGCGCCCACAAUUACCACCCAGUUCCUGUCGUAUUCUCUCAGGCAAAGGGAUCAUCCAUAUGGGAUCCAGAAGGCAACAAAUAUCUGGAUUUUCUAUCUGCUUACUCAGCAGUUAAUCAGGGACAUUGUCAUCCAAAGAUCAUGAAAGCAUUGCAAGAACAGGCAGAUAGGCUUACUCUCAGUUCUAGAGCCUUCUAUAAUGAUAAAUUUCCAAUAUUUGCAGAGCGUCUAACAAGUAUGUUUGGCUUUGAUAUGGUGCUACCUAUGAACACUGGUGCUGAAGGUGUGGAAACGGCUCUGAAAUUGGCCAGGAAGUGGGGUUAUGAGAAGAAAAAGAUUCCCAAAGAUGAGGCUAUUAUAGUUUCUUGUUGUGGAUGCUUCCAUGGCCGCACAUUGGCUGUGAUUUCUAUGAGCUGUGACAAUGAGGCUACUCAUGGUUUUGGGCCAUUGUUACCAGGCAAUCUCAAAGUUGAUUUUGGUGAUGCGGUUGCUCUUGAGAAAAUAUUUAAAGAAAGUGGAGAACGAAUAGCUGGAUUUCUUUUUGAACCAAUUCAAGGAGAGGCUGGGGUUAUAAUUCCUCCGGAUGGUUAUCUAAAAGCUGUUAGAGAUCUUUGCACUAAGUAUAAUGUUUUAAUGAUUGCUGAUGAAAUACAAAGUGGCUUAGCAAGGACUGGAAGAAUGCUGGCUUGUGAUUGGGAAGAAGUCCAUCCAGAUGUAGUGAUACUAGGAAAAGCAUUGGGUGGUGGAGUCAUACCUGUAAGUGCAGUUCUCGCCAACAAAGAUGUAAUGCUUUGUAUUCAACCUGGAGAGCACGGAAGCACCUUCGGCGGAAAUCCUUUGGCCAGUGCAGUGUCCAUUGCCUCACUAGAUGUUAUCAAAGAUGAGAAACUAGCUGAUAGAUCUGUGCAUUUAGGAAAGGAGCUUAGGCAUCGGCUGCUUAAAAUUCAGCAGCAAUUUCCCGACUACAUUAACGAAGUCCGAGGAAGAGGACUGUUCAAUGCUGUGGAGUUUGACAGCAGGGCUUUGUCUCCUGUUUCUGCAUAUGACAUCUGUCUAAAUAUGAAGGAGAGAGGAGUUCUUGCUAAGCCCACACAUGACACUAUAGUCCGCUUAACUCCUCCACUCUCCAUAAGUUUGGAUGAGUUGGAAGAAGGGUCAAAGGUGCUGCAUGAUGUUUUGGAACUGGAUUUACCAAAUAUGAAGAAGGCCAAACCACCAAAAGUUUCCCCAACUGCUUCUACCACUUGUCACCGUUGUGGCCGGAACCUGUAAUGCUUCUUCUUCACACAAAAACAUCUAUGAAUACCAUAUGUCUCUUAAACAU